GUCUCAGCUGCCGCGCCGGGGCCUGAGCGGCUGUCUCCUCUGCCGCCCGCUGACCCCAAGCGCCCCGCACAGAAUUUAGACCCAGUGUGCCUGCUGGGCUGUGCCCAGAUUCAGAACCAUGCCAAUUGGUGGGUGAACCUUGAGGCAGUGAUGGAGCCAGUGCAGCCACAGAAGCAGCAGCAGCCACAGCAGCAGCAGCAGCAGCAGCAGCCACAGCAGCCACCAGCACAGCAGCCACCGCACCUGGCUCCUCUGCAGAUGGAUGCCAGAGAGAAGCAGGGACAGCAGAUGAGAGAGGCCCAGUUCUUAUAUGCCCAGAAGCUGGUCACACAGCAGACUCUUCUCUCUGCCACACCUGGCAGGCCUUCAGGGAGCCCUGCCCUGGGUCCUGCAACCCGAGUUACACCUGCCCGAGUUUUUGAGCGGAGCAAUGUGAACUCAGAGCCUGAAGAAGAGGAAGGAGGUUUAGAAGACGAGGAGGGGGAUGAUGAUGAUGAUGAUGUUGAAGAAGUGUCUGAGAAGGAGGGCCAGGCUGCUUCAAAGUAUUUUCAUAUGCAGAAAGUGGUUCGCCAAGACCCCAGAGCAGCCCCCAUAUCUGGUCUGCUCCCAGCAUCAGGUCUCCCACCGCAUGGACAGCAAGCUAAAGAAGACCAUACCAAAGAUGCUUCCAAGGCCCCACCUUCCGUCUCCUCAGGUGGGCAGCCCAGCUGGAAUCUGGACGAGCGACUCAAACAGAAUGGUGGUUUGGCCUGGAGUGAUGAUGCAGAUGGAGGCCGGGGAAGAGAAAUAUCUCGAGAUUUUGCCAAGCUGUAUGAACUGGAUGGUGAUCCGGAAAGGAAGGAGUUCCUGGAUGACCUCUUCAUCUUCAUGCAGAAAAGGGGGACCCCCAUCAAUCGAAUCCCCAUCAUGGCCAAGCAGAUCCUGGACCUGUACAUGCUGUAUAAGCUGGUGACAGAGAAGGGGGGCCUGGUGGAAAUCAUCAACAAGAAGAUCUGGAGGGAGAUCACCAAAGGCCUAAACUUGCCCACAUCCAUCACCAGUGCCGCAUUCACACUGAGGACACAGUACAUGAAGUAUCUCUAUGCCUACGAGUGUGAGAAGAAGGCCCUGAGUUCCCCAGCUGAACUCCAGGCUGCCAUUGAUGGCAACCGGAGGGAGGGCCGCCGGCCCAGCUACAGCUCAUCCCUCUUUGGCUACUCCCCUGCCGUCGCCACUUCUGCCACUGGGGCCCCUGCCCUUCUCUCGCCACCGAAGAUUCGCUUCCCCGUCCUCGGGAUGGGCUCCAGCAGUGGCCCCAAUGCCAGCAGCCCGCGGAUGUCCACAGCAACCACACUCAGGAAAGGUGAGGGCGUCCCAGUGACAACCGUGCCCGUGCCAAAUCGCCUGGCCGUGCCUGUGACCUUGGCAGGCCAGCAGGCUGGUACUCGGACGGCCACGCUGGAGCAGCUGCGGGAGCGACUGGAAUCAGGGGAGCCCCCUGAGAAGAAGGCCUCUCGGCUGUCAGAGGAGGAACAGCGCCUGGUGCAGCAGGCCUUCCAGCGCAACUUCCUCAGCAUGGCGCGGCAGCUGCCCAUGAAGAUCAGGAUCAACGGCAGGGAAGACAGAACAGAGGCUUCGGCUGCAGCCCUGAACUUGACCACGAGCAGCAUUGGGAGCAUCAACAUGUCCGUGGACAUUGACGGCACCACCUACACAGGCGUGCUGUUUGCCCAGAAGCCUGUGGUCCACCUCAUCGCAGGAUCUGCUCCCCAGAGUGUUGGUAGCAGCGCCAGCAGCAGCAGCAGCUCCCACUGCUCACCAAGUCCUACCUCAUCCCGGGGCACCCCCAGUGCAGAGCCCUCCACCAGCUGGUCCCUCUGACGGGCAGGACCCAGCUUCCUGCUCCCCGCUCUGCUGUCAAGAGUGGAGGAAGUUGAUGCACAGAAUUUACCUCAUCUCACGGAGCCCACGUCAAACACCGUUUGGCCAGAUGUUGAGAAUUUGGACGUGUCCGUCUGUCCUCCAGGCUCCAUUCAGGUCCUGCUGUACUCUGGGGCAGGGAGAAGCUGUAGGGGCAGGACAGGGCAGAGCGUUGUCCAAUCAGGGAUUGUCCUGGGGAACUGGCCGGGGUCAGUGGGCAUCCAGCUUCCUGCGUUUCCAGGGCCACCCCUGGACACAGUGUAUCGACAAUCUGUAAGCAACACAGGGCUGGAGGCCCUCCAGGUCCCUCCCCUUUAAUUUAUUUCCCUUCCCCUGCCUUGUGCCAUGACCCCAGGGUCACUGGCCUCUUCCCCUGCUCACUCCCCCAAUCUUUAAUUCCCGUGUGGGGCUGCUGAAGCCAAGCACAUGCCUUGAUGGCCCUUUCAUGGUGGACAUAGGGUGGGGCCUUCAUCCCACCUUGACUAUAAUGUUUGGGUCCUGGAUUAUGGGUCCCUCAAGUUCAACUCUUGAAGCAGUCCUCAGGGGUCCAUGUCCCCUUUUUAGUGGUCUCCAAAAUGGAUACCUGAGGGUCUCCAAAAUGGGCACCUGAGGGCAGUCUUCAAAUCCGAGGGCCUACUGGGCAUCUGCUGAGGAGCGAACAGAGCCUCAGGGCUGCCCAGGCAAGCUCACAUUGACAUUAACAUUGACUCUUUUCUGAUCCGCCCAAACCUUAUGCUCCCCACUCACCCCUAUGGCCAGCUCUCCCAAGAAUUGCCCACUUGUCCCUUGGCUUUCCCCUUCUCGUGGGGCCAUCUCAACCCCAACAUCCCCAACCUGCCAAUGUCAGGUUCAUUGAAAUACCUCAGAUUUGUAAUUGUUGAUGUUUAAUUCUUCAGGAAGUAUUUGCAUCUCUGAAAUCUUUUUUAUAUAUGUUUUGCUGACUUUUGGGUUUUUUUUUUAAUUUUAAAUUUUUUAUUGUUGUAGCACCAAAGAAAUGAGAGCAGAUCACCCCCAAAGCCAAGCAGAUGACUUGGUACCCCAGCCCCUCCAGUCUUUCCCUGAGACCCCAGUGAGGAGGCAGGGAAGAAGGCAGGAGAGAUGACUCAGGGAUCCCAGUGGCAGGGGAGGGGCGGGAUGGGGACACCCGUUGGUUGGACAUGCCAGUUCCGAAAGAUGGUCCUUGACCCACUUCCUGCCAGAGUGGGACUGGUCCCACACCCUACUCCAGCUCACCGGGGGGAGCAGGACGUCUCCCCUUACUCAGCAUCCCCAACUCAGGUCAGGGGUGGGCUGUACAGGCAGGCUGUGGGCCUCACCCAGGCUGUGCUGGCUUAGGGGGUAAGGGAAUGCCGAAAGCUCUGCCCUGCCUCUUAGACCCUGGUGGAACCAGCUGCUCCUGUGUCAUCAAGAGUUGGUUCUCAGAGAGGCCCACCUCAGUCCAGUCAGCCCUGCCAUGUUUGGUGAAGCAGCAGCCUCGGCAGUGUCUUCAGGCCACAGGGUGAAGCCUGCACAAGCCAGUGCCGGGUUCUCCUGGGGCCCCAUCGGUGAAAGGAAAGGGAAAUCAAAAGCUUGAGCACAAAACAGAUACCUCAGCCUGGUAAGCUGCAGCUCAACUGGACUGCAUCUUCACUCCCUCCGUGCCCCCCACCCACCACACACUCACACUCACACAAACAGCCCCACCCAGUGGGGCCAACCUUCUUCUGGGAGCUGGCGCCCUGGCAGGCGUCACAGACCUGGCGCCAGUGUGUCUUUCUCAGGGGUUUGGUCAAAAAGGAUAGGCCCCCAGAGGAUGCAGGGACACCACACUGGUCACUGGAUCCUUUCCUGGCCUCAGGUAGCUUGCCAACCUGCCCCUCGAAGCGAAUCCAUGCUGCUCUCAUGGAACAGCAGGGUCUUGACUAGGAAAUUUGGGAGUGGGGGCAGGUGCCCAGGAACGGGGCUCUGCCAAGCAGAGACUUCUGGAAGGUGUAGUCCUGGAGCCACGAGGCAAGCAGCUGGCCAGGGCAGCUAUGCCGCCCCCAGAAUACAUGUAGGAAAGAUGUGAUAGCACAUGGGUAGCCUAGGCAGUGAUAAAUACCUCAGACGUCCUCUUGCAGCAAGUGUCUGUAUAUGUUGUGGUUAUUUUCUAUCUUACAUGUUCUUGAAUGUUUAUAUUUCAAUAAACCUCUACCU